ACAUAAAGGUCGUUAAAGAGCCUGUGGGGCUGUGGGGCCUUCACUCUCUGGAGGAAUUUCAUACACCCACUCGAUCCUGGCAAAGACGAAAUUGCCAAGUAGGAGACAAGGAGCAAAGUCCCAUCACAGCGGGAAGGGACGCCAGUGCCUGCUGAGGCUGAGCAGGGAAAAGGCCAGUGCCCCAGCGGCAGCACCGCUCAGAGCUGGUCGGCCAUGGACGUCCUGGUCCCACUCCUGCAGCUGCUGGUGCUGCUUCUCACCCUGCCCCUGCACCUCAUGGCUCUGCUGGGCUGCUGGCAGCCCCUGUGCAAAACCUACUUCCCCUACCUGAUGGCUGUGCUGACCCGCAAGAGCAACCGCAAGAUGGAGAGCAAGAAACGGGAGCUCUUCAGCCAGAUCAAGGGGCUCAUGGGGGCCUCCGGGAAAGUGGCCCUGCUGGAGCUGGGCUGUGGCACCGGUGCCAACUUUCAGUUCUACCCAGCGGGCUGCAGGGUCACCUGCCUGGACCCAAAUCCCCACUUUGAGAAGUUCCUGACAAAGAGCAUGGCUGAAAACAGGCAUCUCCAAUACGAGCGGUUCGUGGUGGCUCCUGGAGAGGACAUGAGGCAGCUGGCUGAUGGCUCCAUGGAUGUGGUGGUCUGCACCCUGGUGCUGUGCUCUGUGCAGAGCCCAAGGAAGGUCCUGCAGGAGGUCCAGAGAGUACUGAGGCCGGGAGGUGUGCUCUUUUUCUGGGAGCACGUGGCGGAACCACAAGGAAGCUGGGCCCUCACGUGGCAGCAAGUUGUGGAGCCCACGUGGAAACACAUUGGGGACGGCUGCUGCCUCACCAGAGAGACCUGGAAGGAUCUUGAGAAGGCCGGGUUCUCCGAAGUCCAAAUGGAACGACAGCCCCCUCUCUUCAAGUGGCUACCUGUUGGGCCCCACAUCAUGGGAAAGGCUGUGAAAUAACCUUUCCCAAGCCCCAAGGCACUCAUUUGCUCCCUCCCCAGCCUCCAGUUAGAACAAACCACUCGCCAACCUAUCUAUCUUCCACUGAGAGGGACCUAGCAGAGUGAGAGAAGCCAUUCCCAUAUCACCUCCUAGUCCAUCUCUCCCCAGCCUCUGCCAGGGCAAUCUCUAACUUCAAUUCCUCCUUCGACAGUAAAAAAACUGUACUUCUACCCUGACUACAGGGAGGAAACGC